AUGUCUGAAGAAUACGAAAGCGUUUGUCUGGUGAAGCCUGAAGUAUUCGUUUAUCGCAUACCACCUCUUACUAGCAACCGAGGACAUAAGGCUGCAGAUUGGAAGUUAGAUGAACCAGACUGGACAGGACGCAUGCGUUUAGUAGCUACUGGUAAGAAGUUGGAAUUACGAUUAGAAGAUAAGGUAUCUGGGCAGUUGUUUGCGAAAUGUCCGAUAGAUGAAUAUCCAGGUCUUAGUAUCGAGCCUGUCCUCGACUCUUCACGGUAUUUUGUCGUUCGAUUAAAAAAUGAUAACGGUCAAACAGCCUUUAUCGGUUUGGGGUUCGCUGAUCGGAGUGAUUCGUUUGAUUUGAAUGUUGCGCUACAAGAGCAUUUCAAAUAUAUUAAAAAAACCACAGAAUUCUGUAAAGAACAAAUGAAUGAUCAACCAAAGCUGGACCUUGGUUUCAAAAAAGGACAAACUAUAACUAUAAAUUUUGGGAAAAAAACAUCAACAAAUCCUCAGCAGGCAAGGACAUCAGCAGCAAAUGAAAGCAGCAAUUCUGGAUGCUUCCCAUUAUUGCCACCACCACCGUCAACAAUGUCUCCUAUUACUCAGCGUUUACGCAACAUUUCAUGCGCGAGAGCAGAAUUCAAACCUUAA